AGAAAGGUCCCUUCUGUUCGACGUGCUCUAUAUAAAGGCUUUACCUUGUCUUGAUGUGAGACUUGCAGCUGAAAACCUUCAGGAACAUGCUGAACAUCAGCAGGCAGACAUUUCUGCAGCUGCUGCCCUCCAGGGCCUCGGACCGUCUGCUGCAGCCGCUCUGGGAUUAUUUGCUUCUGCACCACCUUCCGCUCAUCUCAUCUCCUUUCUUUCCUGUCCUGCUCGCCUUCUCCAGCUAUUUCUUCUUCAGUGUACCUUUUGCUGUGCUGGACCUAUUAGGUGAAAGAGUGCAUUUAUUCCAUCAGUACAAGAUCCAACCAGACAGGCAGCCAACAGUAGGGAUGAUGGCAAAGGGCCUCACGACAGCGCUGUAUAACCACAUUUUCUUUGUUCUGCCAGCUGUAGUUAUCGGAAUGUUCUUCCUGCCUGCACCAACACUGCCUCAGGUUGCUCCGACUGUGUAUGAGGUUUUCAUUGAUGGACUGGCUGUGCUUCUCCUCUUUGACACUCAGUACUUUAUUUGGCAUUUCAUACAUCACAAGCAUCCACAGCUGUACCGCUGGAUCCAUGCAGUCCACCAUGAAUACAUAGCUCCCUUCUCCUGGUCCUCUGAGCAGCUCAGCAUCCCAGAGCUGUUGACUAUCGGAUUCUGGAGCAACCUGGACACAAUUCUUUUGAGGUGCCACCCGCUGACCACAUGGUGCAUCACAGUUUUCAGUAUCUGGAUGUCUGUGGAGGACCACAUAGGCUAUGACCUGCCAUGGACACUAAACCACCUGGUGCCUUUCGGUCUGCUCGGCGGUGCACCAGCUCAUGACAUGCACCACCAGAAGCCCAGCAGUAACUUUGCUCCUUUUUUCAGCCACUGGGACAGAAUCUUUGGCACAGCUGUUCCUCUGAAGAAAAAAAAGGAAAUAAACAAAAGUGAAUAAAAAAUACCCUCUGUAAAUACUGCAUGUUGUUUUUCACUGUCACUUUCCCAUCUAUUAUUUGUAAUCAUUUCAUCGUUAUUGCAAGUAUUCAGUCUUAUUUUUGUUGCUCAUUUUCAUUUGUGAGGCUGCCAACAAUAAAAGUUCUUGUAAAAAAAGAAAGUGUUUUAUCA